UUGGUCUCACUGCAAUGCGCCUCAGUUCAUUCAUGAUCCACCUGAUAGAACCAUCGCUCCCCACACGGAUGUAAAUCGCUGCUAUCGAUAGAACUGUUUCAAAGUUCUCUUCGUCAUGCGGGCCUCCUCCGUUCUGGUAACGUAUUGAGAACGGUCCUUUUAUCCCUGCGGUGAGACGGAUUCCGGAUGCGACAAAGCAUGUCUUCGGUGACUGUCCGACGGGUCUACGAUGUAACAGAUGCACAACUGGAAGAGCUCGCGUCACUGUUCAUACUCAACAUGAAUGACGAUUUGGCUGCCAUCAGCAUAUGCGGCGGUGACCGGAGUCUUAUGGGCACCAUGGCUCGCGCUAUGAUUCGUGCAGCAACACUCGAUGGCGAGAUAUAUACGGCCGCGGAACAAUCCGAUAGAAUCCUUGGAUAUGCUGUAUGGAUGCCGCCUGGUCAAGAUCUGUUGAGCACACCGGAGCAGCGCAAGCUAGGCUGGGACGAUUUCUUCGAGCAUGUGUCACAGAGGGGGAAGGAUUGGUUCACAAAGACGUAUGCAACGGAAGUCAGUGCAUUCAUGGCGGGGAUAUUUGGGCCAACGGGCAAAGUCGACUCGUGGUACUUGAACAUAAUCAUGGUUCAUCCUGACUAUCACAGACGAGGGAUCGCGACCAAGCUCGUCGAUGUUGUCCGGAGCAAGGCCGCAGCAAACGGGGACACCAUGGCUCUGUCUACGUCCAGUACACGGAACGUACCGAUUUAUAAGGCCCUUCACUUCGACUUGGUGGGCGAGAAGAUGAUCCCCUCACCAUGGGGCGACUGGCCCCUCUACGUGUUUAUCCAGAAGAUAGCAGGCACAGAAUAGGUCACCAGCUUGAUUCACAAUUAUCAUGACAUCACACCAUUCGGUUCAACCGAAAGAU